UUUGGCUGCAUAAAAGGAAUCAAUCCGGAUCGGCUAUAUUCGAGCGGGACGGAGCGACGAGGACUGACGAGGGGGCCGGUUUCGACGCGUAGCCAAAUCAUCCCAGUCAGUCUUAAUUCAGCCUGCGAACCGUCAGCACAUCGUUCUUCGAUUCUUUGUACUUUCGAGUAUCCUCCCAAGGAAGAAACAAGUUAAAUGAUGAACGCGUCCAUACUCAGAUCCGCCUUCCGCGAAAUACCGCAAAGGCUAACGCGUACGCGAAAAUUGCAUUUAUGUGCGUCGAGACUCACUCACAGUCCUCUAACGCAAUUUUCGGACGAUGAGAUCAUGAUGAAAGAAACUGUGGCUAAACUGGCUAAGGAGGAGAUCGCUCCACAGGUACGAAAAAUGGAAAAGGAAGGAAAAGUAGAUGAGGGCGUUUUGAAAACGUUGUUCGAGAAUGGCUUAAUGGGCCUUGAAGUCCCAACAGAACUAGGUGGUGCGGGAUGCAAUUUCAUGAGUACAAUUUUAACUGUGGAAGAAGUUGCGAAAGUUGAUGGUGCUGUAGCCACUCUCGUUGAUGUCCAUAAUACUUUAGUGAACUCUUUAAUAAUCAAAGUUGCAUCUGAAGAACAGAAAAAAAAAUAUUUACCCAAACUAUCACAAACCUAUGCCGGUAGCUUUUGCCUGACGGAACCCGGUUCUGGAUCAGACGCGUUUUCUCUCAAGACAGAAGCGAAAAAGGAUGGCAGUGAUUACGUGAUAAAUGGUACAAAAAUGUGGAUUUCAAAUUCCGAUAUCGCGGGAGUUUUCUUAGUGUUUGCCAAUGCAAAUCCUUCUGUGGGAUACCGCGGCAUCACGACUUUCUUCGUGGAACGCGAUACGCCUGGUCUAACAGUAGCUAAACCCGAAGAUAAGCUAGGUAUCAAGGCAUCCGGAACUUGUAUGAUCCACUUUGACAAUGUCAGGGUACCUGAAAGCAACAUCUGUGGCGAGUUUGGGCAUGGAUAUAAAUAUGCCGCUGGAUUUUUAAACGAAGGCAGAGUAGGGAUUGGAGCACAGAUGAUCGGAAUCGCUCAAGGAUGCUUGGAUGCGACUAUACCCUAUACACUAGAAAGAAAACAAUUUGGAAAGGACCUCUUCUCAUUCCAAUCGAUGCAACAUCAAAUAGCUCAAGCAGUAACCGAAGUAGAAUGCGCCAGGUUAUUGGUUUACAACGCAGCUAGAUUGGUCGACGCUAAAAUGGAUGUUAUGAAGGAAGCUGCUAUGGCCAAAUUAGUUGCAUCUGAAACUGCGCUUCGUGUCACCGCCAAAUGUAUAGAUUUUAUGGGCGGAGUCGGAUUUACGACGGACUUUCCUCAAGAGAAAUAUUUCAGGGAUUCAAAGAUUGGAACAAUCUACGAGGGAACAAGCAAUAUGCAAUUGUCAACGAUCGCAAAAUGUAUACGCAAGGAAUACUUGUAAAUUAUCAUAAUCUAAUUAUAGAUUUAUAUCAUAAAUAAAUAUAGAUCAUAAAUGAUUAAGAUAAGGCACAUACAUCGAUUCUCUCAGUUUAAGAAUGUUUUUGUACUUUUAUAAUUUAAUUAUAUGAAAUAUAUAAAACUUCCCCAAUUUUCUAAAAUAAGCCCUCUGAUUUGAUAAUGAGUAUCGAAAUUCAACGAAAUAAAUUUACUAUGAUAAUAUAUAUAAAUAAGAGAGAUGUACAAAGACGCAUUACAUAAGAUGAAAGAAGAAAAUUAAACUGAUAACCUUUAAUGAAAA